CGUAUCAAAUUAAAAUCAACAUUCGUAUCAAAAAUCCAACCAGUCUCACAGUCAUAAUAUAAAUCAUUAACAUUCGUAUCAAAUUAAAAUCAAACUAUCUAUAGAAACAAGCUGUCAUGGCAAGCUGUCAUAGAGAGAGAGAAUUAAAGAAAUAUUAUCCGGUAUUCGCGCAUUCUUAGGAGUUUUAUCUAUCCCCCCCUCCGCCAAGUUAGGAACGACGCCUAAAUAUUGUAUUCAGUCGUGUAAACACUGGGGAUCGAUUUAAACCAUUCUUUUCAUGUUUCAUGCGCGAACACAGGAUUUUAGCAAUGGGGGGGGGGGGCAAGAUUUUUUUAUUUAUUUACGCUGAUAUAGUUAGUAAAUAAUUCAUUAUAUUAUAUGGAUCAAUAAAAUAUAUUUCCGCUAUAAUUAUGAGCAUUUAUUUCUAUUUUGCUGUCAAAUUACUAUUUAAGAUUUACUUUAUUUCUUUUAAUCAAGAAGAGAAGAGGGCCGGCAUUCAAAAGUAUGGAAAUGAAUUUUUAGUGAAUUGUGCUUUAAUCCCAGAUCAAAAUGGGAGGAGUCAGCUUUGAUUUUGGUAACAGGACUCGAGCUCAGAGUAUAGAAGAAUAUAGGGCUAAAAGAAGAUUUAAACAGGUGAAGCUGGGGAUAGUAGUAAUAGUGUGGCAGCUGGUGAAUAUGCUGGUCAUCCUAUCUAUAGUAGAAUACAGAAACCAACCACAAUCACCAGUUGAACAGUCUGCUGAAAUCAUGACAUUUAUGGUUGUAUUUGUAUCUGUAUUCUGUGGCUGGCCUUGUCUUCUGCAUUGUAUGGAUGGGUUUGCUAAAACAGGUGUAGUUCUAUCCGUGGUUAAUGGAUGCCUGGCUUUUCAAACUUCAAUCAUUCUCAGGGGUCUUAGUUUUAUCUUACUCAGGGGCACGAGUAAGUUUGAUAUUGAACUACAUGAUCUAACUGAAGCUCUCCUAGCAACCAACAGCUUUCAUAUUGCCAGCUUGUUCCUGUUGGGGAGAAUGCCUCCUCUCCAUCUCCUGCUAGCUAGGUAAACCAUACUGCCAACUUAUUCCUGUUGGGAAGAAUGCCUCCACUCCAUCUCUUGCUAGCUAGGUAAACCAUAUUGCCAGCUUAUUCCUGUUGGGAAGAAUGCCUUCUCUCCAUCUCCUGCUAGCUAGGUAAACCAUACUGCCAGCUUAUUCCUGUUGGGAAGAAUGCCUCCUCUCCAUAUCUUGCUAGUUAGGUAAACAAUAUUGCCAGCU